UAGAAGUUAAGCUGUGAUCAAUGGAUGGACCCAAGAAGGGAAUGGCUUCUUGUCCACGCUCUUCCUGUCGACCCAUUACGCCACGUGGCACGACCGUGACCCGAGAUACCUCCUCGUACCUAUAUAAUGCACUUGCCCAUUGUCCAACCAACCCACCAACUGAAGCCAUGACUACUCCUCCUCCAUCAGAAACCUCUCUGCUCACGCUCCCGGACUCCCACGGGCUCGCGGCCCUGGCGCGGCGGCUCCGUCGCUACGAGCCGCCGCCUCCUUCCGGACAAACGGAUCAGCAACAGCACGAAAAGCCAGACGGCUCCGAAACGGGCGCCGGUCGAAGGUCGGAGACCACGACGGAGUCUCCCCGCCGCAGGCCCAAUCGGGCGAGAGCCGCGGUUCUCAUCUGCCUCUUCCAAGACGGCAGUGCUGGCGGCGGCAGCGGUGACGGCGGCGAUCUGCGUGUCCUCCUCACCAAACGCGCCUCCACGCUUUCCGCUCACCCUGGAGAAGUUUCAUUGCCUGGUGGGAAACGGGAGGACGGCGACGCCGACGACGUAGCGACGGCCUUGAGGGAGGCCAAGGAGGAGAUCGGGUUGGACCCAUCUCUUGUUGAAGUCGUCACUGUUCUUCAACCAUUUGUGACCAAGAUCGGUAUCACGGUGGUUCCGGUGGUUGGCAUUCUUGCAGACAAGAAUGCGUACUGUCCAGCCACGAAUCCAGCCGAGGUGGAAGUGAUCUUCGAUGCGCCUUUAGAAAUGUUUCUUCAGGAUGAGAACAGAAGAGCGGAGGAGAGGGAGUGGAUGGGAGAUAAGUAUCUGCUCCAUCGUUUUGACUAUCAAACAGCGGAUAAAAAGUAUGAAAUAUUUGCUCUAACAGCUGGAAUACUGAUAAGGACUGCAUCAGUCGUAUACCAGCGGCCACCGGCGUUUGCAGAGCUCUGUCUCAAAUUUUGGCAUUCCUAGGAUGUUGUGUGUUGUUCCAUAAUCACACACAAUCUCAACACAGUUCCAAUCUUGACAUUGUGAGAGUAGCUAUUCUUUUCAUCUGAUGUAGAUACAGAAACCUGAAUUUGAGCUACCAAGCCGGUAAGUGUCAGUUAAUAAUGGAGAAACUCACGCCUGCGAACCACUGCAUUUGGUAGCGAAUUCGAAAUCACGACGGAUAUUUGGAUAUCGAUUCUCAUAGUUCCGCAUGCUGGAGUGUUAAGAGACUGAUAUGGCUACUACAUUGUGGUUGUCUAAUACUAAUGUGCCCCCGGAUCUCUUGUGCA